AUGAGAUAUACAUUUACUGGAUUACUACUUCUUUUGGUGGCUUCAUUUGGUGUUGAGGCUCAGCUGAUAACAUCUACUCUUACAUCAAUCAAUGUUGCUGGUGCCACUGUGACGCUUGUAACUGUUAUUGAUUCAGCUACAAUAGCAGCAGCAGCAGCCGCUACUGCAGUUACUACUACUACCCCUACGACAGCUGCCCUAGCAGCCGGUGCAACAACGGCAUCGACAUCCACUACCGGAUCAACAACAACGACUACACCUGUGGCAGCAGCAGCAGCAGCUACCGAUACCGAUACGACGUCCGUUGCUACUACUACAGCUGCUGUCGUUGCUAAUGCAGCUGACACUGCUUCAUCAACCACAGCAUCAACCACAUCUGCAGCAACAGCCGCAGCAGCUACAGGCACAAGACCAGAUCCAUCCACAUCUAUGACACCAUUGCCAAGCGGUGUAGGUACUCCUAUCGAUUCAUAUGUCACUUUAACUUUCGGAACCACUAGUACCACAACUAGUAAAAGACAACCAACCAGUAUCUGGGUCACUAAGACAAUAAGUGGUGUCACAACAGCUUUCGAGACUCCUUUCUAUCAGAAAUUCAGUAGCCAAUACACGGCUGUGUCCUCUGCAAGUUCUGGUAGCGUUGGGCUAGGUACACUUUCUGGGACUGUUGGUGUUGUAAAAUCUAAGAUAGUAACCACUAUUUCCGGUAAUCAUGCCGUUUACUUUGCUCAAUCAUCUGCUACUAUGACUUCGAUGAUAUUGACCGUGUUAAUGAUGUUCAUUUAA